AUGAGCGUCCUCAAUUUGGACGUCGUGCCGUCCACCGAGCCCGACGCGCUCGCCGCCAUGGACCUUGCGCAGCUCGCCAGCUUGCGGUCCCGCAUCGAGGCCCAGAUCGACACCCUCCACGCUCGUCUCUAUGCCCAGAACGCAGACAUGGACACCCCACUGGUCUCCGACGACGGUUUUCCCCGCUCAGACAUCGACGUGGUGCAGCUGGCGCAGUCGUUCAGCCGUGCGGCCAUGGUGUCCCAGCCAUCCAGCAUCCCGUUCGCCUCGGUCGCCCUCGUCGCACAGGACAGCCCCGCACACACAGCUGGUCUACGCGCCGGCGACCUGCUGCUCUCAUUUGGAAGAAUUAACGCUACUAAUCAUAAUAAUCUAAAGGCAUUAGUCGGGGCUGUCGCAGAAAACGUUCCUGUCGAAGUGCUUGUGCUCAGAAACAACACCCCCACGCAACUGACGCUGGUGCCGGCCAGGUGGGCCGGCCAGGGCCUGCUGGGAUGCAAGUUGGACGUGGUUUCAUGA